CGUGGUAUCGAGAACGCCAACAAGCUUCCGACGGUUGCCUCGAGGCGACCUUUAAUUUUGAACGGGAUCCACGAAUACCAGUAGUUGGAGGAAAAGUUCUUCACUCGUCAAACAAGCCAGCAUGGUCGCACUCUUGAUGUUCAUAAACGACGGGAGCAGCAACUCGUGCAGUCUCCGAGGUGCUCCAAUCGUAUUGGCUCGUGUUCAUGGUCUGUUUGCUGAUGAGAAGCAUACCGUUGUGGUAGUUGAACGUUCGAAACGUGAAUGAGUACUGCUUCAAAAGGUGCAAUUCUUUAUGGGGAACCUGUCACUGGAAAGGCUUCAACGAAAGCAGUUGCAAACAACAGCUGCAACAUUCAUCCGUGCAACUGGAUCUGGUUCUGAAACAAAGUGGAGAAGAUGCUCGUCUUAUACCAAAAAUCAUCCAAAUUGCAAAAAAUCAUGUUCCUGCGCAUGUCUUCAUUGAUGAAAUUGAUGCAAUCAACACCACUGGAACGACAAUUCAGAAAUCUGUAAUCUAUGAGACAGUAUUGGAAAGGAGAAGAGCAUCAGUGGCCAAGUGGCAAUUAUACGAUCAGCUCAUGGGAAAGAAAAGAGCUUUUUAGUU